AUAAAAGGCUUUUAAACGCGUUAUUACAUACAUCGCAUAUAUGUGAUACGAAUUGGCGCAUGCGCGGCUUACAUGAGAGGAAGAGUUGGCAGAUUGAUGUCACUAGGCACUCGUCGUCAAUAUGGCGGAUAACGACUUGCUCGUUACAAUCUCGGGCGCGGCGCUUUCGCUGCUAUUCUUCGAGAAUGUCCGCAGUGUCGGCAAUCAGAUGGGCUUCCUUCUCGGGGAAGCGCUCGAAUUUGUCGUCAAGACCUACACUGACUCCGAUAAUCAAGUGGAAACCGUCAAGAUUCAUAUUAAUGUGGAGGCUAUUGUAACAUGUCCUUUUCCUGAUAUUGUGCAUGAUUCCAUUUGUAUCAACAAGGAGAAAUUGAAGGAUUUUGUGCAUGAUAAGAGUAAACAAGUGAUUGGUUGGUUCCGCUUUCGCAGAAACACAACCAAUCUGACUCUUACAUGUAUAGAUAAGCUUCUGCACAAACAAUUUGCCUCGCAUUUUUCUGGCGGAAAUGGCUGCAAGGAAGAUUUUUUUCUCACUUGCCUUCUCAACGCUUCUACUUCUGAAACAUCUGGUACUCACAAGUUCCGCCAUGUGUUUCUCAGGCAAAAUAAACGCGGAAUAUUUGAACCGAUAUCUUUAAAAAUAAACAAUCUGGGAGAUGAUGCAUCUAGACACGAUGGUUCAGAUUAUAAACCGACACCUGUUAGAAAGUCUACACGCACACCUGAUGGUUUUACUGAACUAAUAGAAUCAUUGAAUUUGGAUGUAGCAAGGAUAGGUGGAUUAGACUCCGCUAUGUUAAUUCAAAGAGCUGCUGAACAACAUUUGAUGUCGCUAAUCCCAAAAGUGUGUGAAUCCGAUCUGGAGGUAGCCGAAUUGGAGAGGCAAGUACGCGAAUUGAAAACCAAAGUUACAGCUCAACAAUCGGCCAAAAAGUCGAAAAUCAAUGGCGAAAAUUAUAAUAGAAUCUUUAAAGCAAGCAGGGAGAAUUGCUUUUUGGAAAAAAAUGAUUCUGCGGCAAAAAAUGAGAUGAGAAUCGGUGAUGAUGCGCGUCUCCAAAGAGAGGACAUCCCAUCUUGUGCCACCAAUAAUCGAACUUCCUGCCGCAAUACUGCUGCCUGCAUUGCUAAAAGCGCGGAAAAAUCUCGCCGAUUGGGAUGCAACAGUCCACAAGAAAGUGGUAAUCAACAUCAAGAAAUGCAAAACUCUUUCACCAGUAGCAGGCGGAAUUUCAUCCCGGAAAUUGCCACUGAAUCUAUUUGUCAAGAAGGCAGUGAGAUAAGCCUGGGUAGAGGCAGGGGUAGUGGUCGGGGCAAUCAUGAAUUCACGUCGGGCAUGAAGAAAAUACGUCGUACUCCAGUCACACCUCACUUGCAUUCUUCUCGCGAAAGAAGCACCACACCUCCAGAACAGGAUUUCUCUGACGCAGAAUGCCCUGCUACUCCAUCUCCUGUUCUCAGGUCUUACCAAAUGACAAAAAAGGCAAAUUUGGACAAGUGCAGUUCAAUGACACCAUUAGAUAUUUGAGUGAAGAAAUUAAACUUCAGAGAAAUAUAUUAUUUCGAUAUUUCUCUAAUUUCUGGCGUUCAAAAAUUUGAGAAAGAUUUGAAAGAACCUUACUGAAAAAAAUAAAAAAAAGGAAAUUCUGUUAUAUAAAAUACAACAUUGAAGGAAUUUGAAAAAAAUUUGAAAGAGUUCAAAGAGGAAAAAAAGAGAAGUCUCAUAAUUAAAAAGAAUCAAAAGACAUUUCUGGAGACGUUACUGCCCCUGAUCUUUGAGAGGGGAAUAUUUAUUGUAAGAAGUUAUAAAAACAAUUUUUGUAUCAAUUAUUCUAUUUAUAGGUGCCUUAAAUUCUGCAAAAAAUUGAUAAAACUUGAUUAAGUGUUCGACAAAAGAUUAAUUAUCUAUUUUGUUUCUUAAUUCACGUUUGUUAUUUCAGUUUGUUUAUUGUGCCAUUGAGUUUCUAUACAAAGUAAAUAUAUUUUGUUAUAAAAUAACAUGUAAAGUUUUUAGUUAGUAUACACUGAAAAUACUUUGUAAAUAAAAACAAAUUGCAAAUU